CCCAGGCCUGGAACCUGGAGCUCCAGAGCAGCCAGCAAGCUCUCCGUGGUUCACUUUCUGCCAUCUGCCCGUUGGCAUCUUAAUGCUUGCAUGGGCGGAGGGCGGUGGUGAACCUCCCCUCGCCCCCAGCUAGCUGCAAGUCAGCUGCGCUCAGCGAGGAAUGUGAAGCAGAGUCGCCCCCCGCGCGCCCGAGCAGGUUCCCGCUGCCUCCCUGCAAAGGCAGAGUCAGUGUGGCAGCUUUGAGACUUGGACACUCAGAUCCCUGAAGUGAUCUCAAGACCCCAAGCCCUAAAUCCGCCACCAUUCUGUGCUGCGGGGACACCAUGGCUCCAGAAGAGGACGCUGGAGGGGAGGCCUUAGGGGGCAGUUUCUGGGAGGCUGGCAACUAUAGACGGACAGUGCAGCGGGUUGAAGAUGGGCACCGACUGUGCGGGGAUCUGGUCAGCUGUUUCCAGGAGCGUGCCCGCAUUGAGAAGGCCUAUGCCCAGCAGCUGGCCGACUGGGCCCGCAAGUGGAGGGGCGCUGUUGAGAAGGGCCCCCAGUAUGGCACCCUGGAGAAGGCGUGGCAUGCGUUCUUCACGGCAGCCGAGCGUCUGAGCGAGCUGCACCUGGAGGUGCGGGAGAAGCUGCAUGGGCCAGACAGCGAGCGGGUGCGCACCUGGCAGCGCGGGGCCUUCCACCGGCCGGUGCUGGGUGGCUUCCGGGAGAGCCGCGCUGCGGAGGAUGGCUUCCGCAAGGCCCAGAAGCCCUGGCUGAAGAGACUGAAGGAGGUGGAGGCUUCCAAGAAGAGCUACCACACAGCUCGAAAGGACGAGAAGACGGCUCAGACCCGGGAGAGCCACGCCAAGGCCGACAGUGCAGUAUCCCAGGAGCAGUUGCGGAAGCUGCAGGAGCGGGUGGGACGCUGCACCAAGGAGGCGGAGAAGAUGAAAACUCAGUAUGAACAGACGCUGGCAGAGCUAAACCGUUACACACCACGUUACAUGGAGGACAUGGAACAGGCUUUCGAGAGCUGUCAGGCUGCUGAGCGCCAGCGGCUCCUAUUCUUCAAGGAUAUGCUGCUCACAUUGCAUCAGCACCUUGACCUCUCCAGUAGUGACAAGUUCCAAGAACUCCACCGAGACCUGCAUCAGGGCAUCGAGGCAGCCAGUGAUGAGGAGGAUCUGCGCUGGUGGCGUAGCACCCAUGGACCGGGCAUGGCCAUGAACUGGCCACAGUUUGAGGAGUGGUCCUUGGACACACAGAGAGCCAUCAUCCGGAAGGAGAAGGGUGGCCGGAGCCCUGAUGAGGUUACUCUGACCAGCAUUGUGCCCACAAGAGAUGGCACCGCACCUCCACCCCAGUCUACAGCAUCCCCAGGCAGUGGGCAGGAGGAGGACUGGUCUGAUGAAGAGAACUGCCGGAAGGCUGCCACUGGGGUGCGGGUGCGGGCACUUUAUGACUAUGCUGGCCAGGAAGCUGAUGAGCUGAGCUUCAGAGCAGGAGAGGAGCUGCUGAAAAUGAGCGAGGAGGAUGAACAGGGCUGGUGCCAGGGCCAGUUGCAGAGUGGCCGCAUUGGCCUGUACCCUGCCAAUUAUGUGGAGUGUGUGGGUGCCUGAGCGUCCUGACAGCCCUAAUACAGUGUCUCUCCAUCCUCGGCCAGAGCCCAGCCGCUUCUGGACUGUCGGACCUGAGGGCCCUGAGCCUUAAGCUGCUGCUCUCCCUCAGUCCCUUGGAGGAGGGAGGAAGUCCUGGGGCCCAUGAAGGGGAGGGGCCUGUGUCUAGGAAGGGACCGAUAGGGAAGGGCCUACUAAACCUAGGUUGAGGGCAGGAUGGGAGGUUAGAGGGGACAGACGGCCCAGGGAUGCUGAGCCUCCCCAGGAGCAUUUGGUUUUCCCAGGAACGGAGGAUCCAGUUCCUGAACUCUGGAGCUGCUGGGAUAGGGUAGAGGUGCGCAUAGUUUUGGGCUGGGAGCAACCUCUUUUGUGACUUGUAGUGUGUAUUAAACUUGAUCAAAAACAAAAACA